AUGACGACGACACUUUUGGGGCGAAGAAUUAAAAGAAGCCUUACGCUUUUUGAUCUUUCUUUCUCCCUUUCUCACUUUCUUUCUUUUUCUUUCUUUCUCUCUCUUUCUUUCUCUUUAUUUUUCUUUCUUUCACUUUCUUUUUUCUCUUACUUUCUCAUUCUUUCUUUCUUUCUUUCUUUCAUUUUCUCUUUUAAUCCAUUCUUUACUCUUUCCGAUUUUUCUUUCAUUCCAUAUUUCUUUCCUCUUUCUACAUCACUUUAUCUUCAUUCAUUAAUUUUUCAUUUGUUCUUUUUCCUUUAUUUUUCUAUUUAUCUAUUUAUUUAUUUCGUCCUUACUUUCAUUUUCAACAUUAACUUCAAUGCAUUUAUUUUUCUUCCUUCCUGUCUGUAUGUCUGUCUUUCUUUCUUUCUUUCUUUCUUUCUUUCUUUUUUUCUUUCAUAUUCAACAUUAACUUUCUUACAUUUCUUCUUUCCUUUCUUUCUUUCCUUUCUUUCUUUCUUUAUUUCUUUCCUUUCUUUCUUUCUUUCUUUCUUUCCGCUUUCUUAUAUCUUGUUUCUGAGUGUAAUUCUCUUUUGGAAUACCACCGACACAGCCAAGUUAAAUGUGAUUUCGGUCAUUUCGCUGUCCGGGUUUGGCCGUAACAUCAAAGUUGACAUACAAUGUUUGGUUGUUUCUUUGGCCAGAGAUAACUUGCUUCCUUUCUCGGUCCUGUCCUUCAUUUCAAUUUGGCGCGCUGCCUAA